UUCUGCAGUGUGAUGCUCAGGGUCAGAAAUGCCUUAUGUGGAUCGUCAGAAUCGCAUUUGUGGUUUCUUGGAUAUUGAAGAAAAUGAGAAUAGUGGAAAAUUUCUGCGGCGGUACUUCAUUCUGGACACACGAGAAGACAGUCUGGUGUGGUACAUGGAUAACCCACAGAAUCUUCCCUCUGGAUCUCCACCUGUUGGAGUCAUUAAACUUACCUAUAUUUCGAAGGUUAGCGAUGCAACUAAGCUAAGACCAAAGGCAGAAUUCUGUUUUGUUAUGAAUGCAGGGAUGAGAAAAUACUUUCUACAAGCCAAUGAUCAGCAGGACCUAGUUGAAUGGGUAAAUGUUCUGAACAAAGCUACCAAAAUCACAGUACCAAAGCAGUCUGAUCCUCUUUGUCAAAUGGAUAAUGCAAAUCGUCAAGCCGAAAGCCCAAGUGGAAAGAAGCAAGUGUCUUACAGGACAGAAAUUGUUGGCGGUGUUCCUAUCAUUACACCUACCCAGAAAGAAGAAAUCAGUGAGUGCAGUGAAGGGGGUGAUAGGAAUUAUUUGAAACGGUCACAAAGUCACCUUCCUUAUUAUACUGCUAAGCAUCCCCCAGAUAAUGCUAUUAUCAAAGCUGGCUACUGUGUAAAACAAGGAGCAGUGGUAAGUAUUUGA